GCCAGGCAGGGAGUCCCUGGGCGGGACGCGGGCGCCGCGGGAGGCGGGGAAGCGCCGAGUCGGCGGCUGCCCACACCCCUCUCCACACAGCACAAAGGACACUCGCUGGCAAACUUUCCUCGCUUCUGACCCAGGCCAAGCCGGGAACUCUGCGCCAGCUCGGUUCCUGGCGGGGAUGAGGCUUCCCUAAUAUUUUGGGCUGUCUGGCAAGCGUCCUGAGGCUGCCACUCCUUCCGGGCUCAAAGCUCACAAGCUGAGGUCUAUCCCCGCGUGGACCGCCGAUAGCUGGGUAGAUUCUUCCUAAGGCUCUGACUUCAGCACAUUCAAUGCCUUGUCAAUUAUGCCCUUUGCCCCUUUCUUUUACCAAGGCCACCGCCAAGACACCCUUUUUCUUUUCUCUCCCCAUAAUCCGCCACCUUCCUUUCCCUCCUCUUGGCCCUCUUUCCAACUCCCUGAGCUGGCUCCCUUUCCACGCUUUCCUCCAGCCCCAGCUGCCUUCCCCAGUUCACAUCCCGGUAGCCCUCCUCCCUCCCAGUCCCCGGGCACCACCCUCCCUUGGUCGGCCCCUGAAAUCCAGCGGGCUCGGCUCCAGUCACUGCCUUUUGCCUGUUUCUAUCCGGCCUUCCUUCCCAACUGUCGCUCUCCCACACCCUGGUUUUUUUCUUUUUGGUGGGGGGAAACAGGGAGAGACGGAGCACUAUAUUCCCGUUUCCGCACUUCGUCAUUUUCCCCAGCUCCAUGAGCCGCGCCCCCUGGUCCCCCUUAGGCCCGCGAUCUUACCCUGCGGUUCCCCAGACCCUCCAGGGUCCCCCACGCCACCAAGUUUGCUUCGACUUUACCUCGUUGCCUCCCACACCCCCCGCUGCGGCCCCGCUGGCCAGGGCACUUACCCCGAGGCCCACCUGGUGGGGGUGUCGGGGUGCGCACGGACCCGGCACCCGUGGCGGCGGCAGCAGCAGCAGCAGCAGCAGCAGCAGGAGGAGGAGGAGAACGACGAGGAGGAGGAGGAGAAGGAGGAGGAGGACGGGCCGAGAGGCGCCUCCUUCCCAGCCCGCAGCGCGCACUGGCUCCUCGGGGGACCCCCGGCAGAGCACCAAGACAGGAGGCGAGGCGGCAACACAAGCAACAGCUGCUGCACGGGGCUGGGCUCAGUCAGCUCUUCGAGGCCAGGGCAGGGGCAGGCAGGAUUGGAAAAGAGGGUCAGAGAAGUGGGGUGCAGAGGGCGGGGCAGCGAGCGGCCAGGUCCGGAGGAAGGCGCCCCAGGCGAGUAGGGAUGCCGCUGCGCGGUGGCAAUCGCCCGGGCUGACGCCGCCGGCCCCUCUCCCCGCCCGACAGGCGCUUGCAGCCGCGGGCGCACGGGCCUCGCCUCGCUCCCCCGCUCGCUGCCGGCGCCCUCGGUGCGCCCCGCUUUGUGCUCCCCGCAGCCGGCGUGCACCUGGUGUAAGCAAAGGCGGUCAGCUGAUGGGCCGCGCGCGGAUUGGCUGCUCUGCCGUCUCCUCCCCUCCCGCCCGACCCCCUUCCAGGACUCCCCCUCCCGCCCCCGCCCCCGCCUUCGGCGUAGCCCGGUGCUGGGCACCAUCUGUAGCCCGCCCAACAAAGGCGCAGCGCGGCGGGCCUCGGGUGGUCGGGCCGCGCUGCGCCGCCGCGGUCGCCGCUGCAGGGAGCAGCCGGCAGCCUCUUUUUGUCUAGGGGACAGCAGGCUGCGGCUGGGUAGGAAGGCGAGGCGCACUGAUGUUUCUUAGCAAAAGACAGACCAAGAGGAAAAACAGUCCGUGCUAGGAGGCCAGCUAGGCACAAUGGGGCCACAUCUCUGUGCAACGCAGAACUUGGGCUCCAGGGCUGAGAAGCGGACGCAGUUGGGCCCGGGAUUGUGACAGCCAAGUUUCCGGGUGAAAUCCGACCCUGCGUCUUAAAAUAUAGGGCGCGUCCUCGGGCUGUGUGUGCGUGGCCUGGGGCGUCCUCCGCCGACCUGGCCCGGGCCGGUGCCCUUGCCGCGGGAAGGAGGAUUCGGACGCUUACCUCAGUGGUGAAGUCGCUCCCCAUUUGAGGAGGCUUUCUGAAAACGUUUCUGAAACUUUGAAAUUACAGCUUUCUGAUCUGUUAGGUGUAAAAGUUGUGUUUAAAUAGGCGGCGGAGGACUGAGAACGCAGUCUUAAGUGGAGGGUCGGGAGGGAAUGGGUCUUCGGAAACUGCAAGUGAACCGGCGUCUCAAUUUCAAAAUCGCCAGCAAGCACAGAACAGCACUCUUUACUGCGGGAAUCUGCUUUAAGCGAAAGCAUCAUUAGACCCUCAGUACUUAACCACUUUGGGCAAAGGAUUGUGGUGACAUUUCAUUAUGAUGUCUAAGCUUAAAACUUCUGGAGAAUUUGGAAGGAUAUAUUACUAGAGAAUAAUCUUUUGGAUUCUUCUAAGCCACGAGUUAAAUUCACUGUCAGUAAUCAUAUUCUUGAUCCUUCUAACAUUUCUUGGCGUCUCGCAUAGAUCUGAUAAACGUUUGAUGUCCUUAUGUUUUCACAUACAUUGUUAUCCUGAAAUUGUCAUGUAGACAUCAAUGGUCACAUUGUGUUUUAGAAGGCUUUAAGAAAAGAUGAUAUUAGCACUUGGGCUAGAACAUCUUGCAGACCAGAGGAACAGCUAGAGAAAAAGGCCCACUGCUGAAUAAGAUUUAAGAUCUUUCAAAGCAAGUUGAGUCUAGACGCUUACCCAAGUUUUGUAACAUGAUUUUGUCUCUUUUCCCCCCUUUCAUGCAGAUUAUCCAUGGAGUUAGCAUGCAGACAACAUGGAGUUUGUCUGACAGAAGGUGGCCUCUGGUAGAAGCACAGAACUUGAAUGGUCAGGGAAAGAUAGAAUGCAGGUUUCUUAGGGAGUCUCCAUUAGGUUUCCAGCCUGUCUUCCUGGGAGUGGAAGAGAGAUGAGGUUGUGCCCUUCAAGGAGGAGCUUUACAGAGAGGUCUUAAAGGAGCAUUUGGAGCAAUUAAUGAUGGUGACAGUUGCUCCUAGGAGGCAAAAUCUAGAACAGCCUCCAGGUUUUGGAAGAGACUUUGUGAGAAUGGUAUGAGUCAGGGACCAAUGUGUGAAGUUUGAAACCAGGCCAACCCUGUUUUAAAUCCCAGCCCUAUAAUUUAUGAGCUGUGUCCCUAUGGGUAAGUCACUUUAUCUCUUUAAACCUUCAUUUCCUUGGCUCUAAACUAGGGUUAAUAACAGUACUUAUCCCAAAGAAUUAUGAUGGUUAAGUGGGAGUAAGCACGUCAAAUGCUUAGGACAGUGCUUAGUAUACAGUAAGCAUUCAAUGACAGUUGUAAACUCUUGGCAUUAUUAGGCAGGUAUUGAAGACUAAAAGAAGACAUCAGUUCAUACAGGUGGGCUGAUGAUUCCACAUGUGACAGAGUAUCUCAAAGGCACGAGCUGUUCCAGUAGUGGAAAUGGACUCUCUCUCCCCACUGUUCAAUUCAUUUAUUUUUAAAUUAGCAUGUCAUUUAUUUAAACUAAUUUCCCUCUUCCCCAAAGCAAGAGUGAGAAAGGCAGAUUUGCCUGUUUCUACUUGACCACUGCAUGCAUUUGGUUCCAGACAGAGAGAGCAUUAUCAUUAGGAAGACGUGUGUCAGGGAUGGGGGAAGGAAUUUGGGUGAGAGGAUGGGGCUUGCUGUGGACAGAAGAGGACAGAUGAGCAUGGCAAUUAUAAAAGAGUCUGAAAUUUGGUGCAGUUAUUAGAAAUUUGCUCAAUUGCCUAACUGGUAAUUGGUUCAAAUUUUAGAAAUUACCGUUUUUUUUUUUUAACUCUGCAAAGGGGUUUCAAGACUAUCUUGUUAACUGAUACUUAAAAACUCCUUGUCAUUGGGAUGGAAGAAGAGGAAACACCAAGUCAGUGAACCAGCAUAACUAAACCAAAUCUCUUACUUGCUUCUUGCUUAAAGAGCUCAAAUCACUCUGAAUUACUCCUAGUCAGCCCACAUAGUCCUGGGAUCCUGAAUGAGUACAAAAGCUCUUAAUGGUUAUUUAUUAAGGUAUGGCAGAAGACCUUGGAAUCUUUGAAGGAGAACGAAAUUGGAGACAAGAGCCCAAGAGUUCCCAAGAGAGCAAAGUCUUAGUUGAUGUAAAGAGUUCUUGCCCCUAGAUUGGCUGUGAUGAGACACUACAAACCCCUCUGGAUUCCUUCACUGGCCCCUUGAGGUUCUUUAGCUUUGGUUUGAAGGAACAUUAUAAUUGGUAUUAGCCUAAUUGUACUGAUCUAUGUGGUAAAUGAAGGAAAAAAAGAAACUUCAGAGAAUAAUCAUAUUUGAAUAAUUUUUAAAAGAACAUCUGUAUUUUGGGAAAAGAUAAUUAUCAUAUGCCACUUAAAUGCAAUUUUUCAAAGUUGAAAAUAUGUCUCUCUCUAAUUGAAAUAUUAAUAGAGUACCAGUAGUUUGAGUUCUUUCCAAUUUCUGAACUAAAAUUAUAGUUUUAAAACAACUACCACCAAGUUCUUAGAGGGUGAUGACUGCAACUUAAAAUUAUGUGACUGUUGUGUCAUUGUUAACUUUCAUACCAAAUGUAUUGUUUCUCUAAGUAUUUUUGACAAUGAGUGGAUUUACUAUAGAUACAUAGUUCCUGUUCUAGUUUUUUUUUAACUGUACAUAAAAUACCCCAACACAAAAAAGGCGUUAAUUGAGGUUUCUAUAAUUAAAACUAGUUCUGCAUUUAAGCUUAAAAACUUGACAUGGAACUAAAGUGACCAACCAUCUUAGUUUGCCUGGGAAUCUCCAGGUUUUGGUCCUAAAAGUCUCAACAUCUCAGGUAACCCCUUAGUCUUGGGUAAAACAAGAUGGAGGUGGUUCUAAAUGAAACUAUCAUUAAUAGGUUUAUGAUGCUAUUACAAUUUUAGUCGAGUUGCAGCUUUGCAAAUAUACUAAAUAAUGUUUUAUUCCUGACUGAAUAAAAGGUCCUGUUUCCAUUUGUAGGACUUAGUUGUUGUAGAGAGGCUGACAGUCAUUGUAUUGGCCCAUUUUCAUACUGCUAUGAAGAAAUACCCAAGACUGGGUAAUUUAUAAAGAAAAAAAAGGUUUAAUAGACUCAUAGUUUUAAUGUCUAGGAAGGCCUCACAAUCAUGGCAGAAGGCAAAGGAGGAGCAGAGGCACUCUCUUACCUGGCAGCAGGCAAGAGAGUAUGGGAGGAGAACUGCCCCUUAUAAAACCUUCAGAUCUUACUUGAGACUGUUUCACUAUCAUGAGAAUAGCACAGGGAAAAAAUCCACCCUCAUGAUUCAAUUACCUCCCAUUGGGUCCCUCCCACAAUAUGUGGGGAUUAUGGGAGCUACAGUUCAAGAUGAGAUUUAGAUGGGGACACAGCCAAACCAUGUCAGUCAUCAAAUCCAACUUUCUUAUUUUGUAGAUAAAGAAACUAAGUCCUAGAAGAGGGACUCUGCCAGUCUGUUUACAAGGCCUACAUUGAAAGCUAGACCAUAUACUCUUUGGAGAGGGAUGAUAUGACCAACUCCUAGCCCAGGGCCUGUACCGUGUAAUAGGUACUUGGUAAACUUUUUAUAAAAUAAAUGAAUAAGUUAAUAAAUGAAUGAUUUUAUGUAAUUGGA